AUGCCCGCUGCCGCCCUCAUCGCCAGCCACAACUUCGCUUCCGCCUCCUCUUCCGACUCCGACGUCUCCUCGUCCUCAGCCAGGAUGGACUCCAACCCCCGGCCCAUCGCCUCCGUGCUGGUGCUGCGCUGCAUGCGGUGCGCUCGAUCCGCCGAGACGACGACGACGGACGACGCGAGCACCGCCGGCAUGGUGCGCAUCUCGCACAACCUCUACUACUGCGAGCGGUGCGCCAAGCUCGUGGGAUACAAGUAG